UGACUUUCCAGUUGAAAAUCCGCAGCAUGUAUAGUAGGUGUGAACAGUGUAAGUGCGGUUGUCACUUCCCAUACUCCAUUGACACAGAAUAGAACAUAUAUAUAUAUGGCUCCUCCACCCUGUAUACACAUGUCAGGGAGCAGCGGGUGAUGUGUGUCCUCCGGGUCCCGCGGCUGCUCUGGGCACACAGGCCGCUCCUCACCCCGGCUCCGUGCUCCUUCCCCUCCCGGGAGAUGCGGCGUGUGACCGGAGGAAGGUCGGGUGAGGCAGCCGGCGCUGGGGAGGACACUUCGGGGGAGCAGCGGCAGGACAGUCCGGGGUCUGACUCGGGGAACGAGGCCGCGGCCGUCCGGAGGAUUGUGGGGGCUCAUGAGGCCGCCUGCCGGGCUGGACAAGACGGAUACACAGAUCCACAGACUGGAUAUUAUGUGUUCACCAGACUAGCUCACCUGAGAAGAGGAAAAUGCUGCGGCAGUGCAUGCAGGCAUUGCCCAUUCGGUCAGGAAAAUGUUAAGGAUCCCUCUAAAAAGAAGCAAUUUAAUUCCUUUUUUUAUAUAUGACAUCUGAGUUCAAUCUUUCAGCAAUUUUUUCAUUAAUCGUGUGGAUUUUAGAAGAUAGCAACACAAAGCUAUUGUAUUUAUUUUUUUUAGUCCCGCAAACCGUGCAGUCAUUCUGGUUAAUAUUCCUAAGUAAUGAAUUCAAUGUUAAUUUUAAUAAACAUCAAAUGGAAAGCAAAUGUUCCCGGUCAUUAGCGUGUGCGUACAGCGUUACGCUGUGCUCUGGAUGCUGCGGUUAUCCUUGCUUUUCAUUUUCUCUCUUUUAAUCAGUUUAAAAUCAGUUUUACUGUUGUGUUUGUUUAUUUGUGAAGGUUAUUUUUAUUACAUGUAGAACGGAUAAAACUCGUUGUGCAGUCAAUAAACCUAAAAGGCGUUUUCAGAAAAAUUUUAACCAGGAAAAGUGUUUGUUACUUAGAAUUCCUUAAAACGUAAUUCUGAUGAUGCUCUGGUGGCAGGAUAACUGUUUAAAUCUCCUGGCAUCUU